CAUUACUAUCAUUACAGAUUAUAUACAUGAAAAACGAGGAAGUAAAGCAUGAUUACUAAAUUGCUGUUAUUUAUUUCAAUUUUGGUUGUUGUCAUUGCAAUUUUAUUAACAACCGGAGCAUUUGAACUUUUAACUGACUUGAUACCCGGCUCAUUAUUAUUCAAAUCGACUUCAUUGACAUCAAAUGAGAAACUUUUUACAAAAGACGAGUUAUCAAAGUAUACUGGCAAGGAAUCGCCGUACGUAUACCUAGCAAUACUUGGUGAUGUAUUUGACGUUUCUAAAGGUAAAAGACAUUAUGGAGAAGGCGGAGGAUAUCACUUCUUCACAGGUAAAGAUGGUACAAGGGCAUAUGUGUCUGGAGAUUUUACAGAGAAAGGACUUAUAGAAGAUACAGAGGGUCUCUCACUUACUGAUUAUCUAGGAAUAGAAGAAUGGAAUGAAUUUUACAGAAAGCAGUAUAAACAUAUAGGUCGGUUAAUUGGGCAUUAUUAUGAUGAUAAAGGUCAACCAACAGAGGCAUUGAAACAGUUUAACAAAAAACUACAAGAGGCAAAGAGAGCAAAAUUGUCAGAAGAAGAUGACAGGAAAAUAUUCCCACCUUGUAACUUUGAAUAUAAACAAGGGUGGGGUAGAAGGACAUGGUGUUCAACAUUGAGCGGAGGAGUUAAUAGAGACUGGGCAGGUGUACCUAGACGUUAUUUUCAACCUGGUAAAACAGAACCACGUUGUGCAUGUGUGAAGGACUUUGGGCCACCAUCAGGAUCUGAUAACAAUGUUAAACAUAACAAUAGAGGGGACUUGGACAAUCCACUGAUGAAAACAUAUGAUGAUUGUGAUGAAAACUCCUUUGAGUGUUUCUUCAAAGAGUGAUUAUAUAGCUUUAUGCACCAGUCAGUUGUAAUCCAAGGCUCCUGUCCUGCCGGGAUAACAGGGACUUUAACUUUUUCAUGACCAACCCUUCUGUAAAGACCACAAUUGCGAGUGGGGGGAAUGUGGGUGGGGGUUGGUGAUGGUAAAAUACCCAUAUGAAUGUUAAACCUUUUGUAUCAUAACAAAACCACCAAAUUGACCGCAUAUUUCUCAGGGUGACUGCAGGAUUACACUUGACUGGUGUAUUACAGAAAGGUUCAUGUAUUAUGGAAAUGGGUUGAGAUAUUUGGCAAUGCUGGUGCUAUGAUUUAAAAUUUGGCAUUGCUUUAUUUCUAAGAAGUGGACAGGGAAUUUAUUUUUAUUUUUCUGAAGUAGUCUGAGAUUGUUUAAUCAAGAAAUUACUUUAAUUAAAGCAGUGAUUUAAUACCCAAAAUUGUGUCUUCCAUCUUUAGAUAUAUUUGUAUUCAUGAUAUGAUAUUUUAUUUAAAUUUUUUGUUAUGUGUGAAAUGUAUCUAUAUAGUUAAUGUAAUUAUGAGAUCUUUCUAAAAUGAGUUUUAAAAGUACAUGUAUCAAAAUUAUCAACAAAAUGUUUCUCAGGUGUGCAUGAUACAUGUACAGUAGUCAAUUUUCACAUGCUGAUAAAAAUUGACAUGGUGGUGGGUAAAAUGUUGAAGUAGGAACUACAACUUUUGAUGAACAAAUUAUGGCAGACUUGUUUAGGUAUAAUCUGAAAAGUUAAAG